AUGUCACACGACUCCGUCUGGCGUUCCCGCCCACAUACCUACGGCAAAGCCUCCAUCGGCUGCCGCGUUACUGGGGAUAAAAAGAAGAGUGGUAUUAUUCGAAAAUACGGAUUGAAUAUGUCGCGUCAGGCAUUUCGGGAGAAGGCUGAGGAUAUUGGGUUCAAGAAGUUCCGUUGA